AUGGAACCCAUAUUCUCCGCCGUUUCCAAUAACGCCAACCACCUUUAUACUCUCUUGCGAUGUAUUGGGUUUGCCUCAAAAGCCUCCGUCCAACUCACUCCCGAUGGAAUCCGAUUUUCCGUGGAAGAAAAUAGGGUCAUGCAGGGUUUAGCGUUCCUGGACAAGGCUCUCUUCACAACAUACACUUUCAACCCACCUACUACUGGACAGGACGCCAACGAUAUGGAUGACGAAGAACAAGACAACACCAUACACCCGCAAUUCCUGGUCUCCCUGUCUGCUUUGUUAGAGACGCUCCAGAUCUUUGGCAUCGGCGAUACAAACUUGCCAUCUUCUUCGUUUUCGAACCCGGCUCCUCAAAGCAGCGCUGCUGGUGCAUUCGCUAAUCCCGCAUUACUACUUGGCCGGUCUUGCACAUUGCGAUACCAAAACAUUGGCAGUCCGCUCAGCAUCACCCUUUCAGAAUCUGGCAUCACCACAACAUGUGAGCUCACGACAUACGAGUCCGACGAUCCUUCCUUCGGAACUGCUGCCGGUGAACUCGACAUCCCUCUUCAGCGAGAUGCUAUAAUCAUGAAAAUCAUCAUGCGCUCAGCAUGGCUUCAUAAUGCUAUCACCGAACUAGACGGUACAAAUCCCACCGUUCUCUCUAUCUCGGCCUCUUCAAAGAAAGAGCCUUUCUUCGCCCUCUCCGGCUCAGGUGGCCCUUUUAGCGAGUCUACCGUCGAAUUCUCAAUUGACAAAAAUCAUCACGACAACGAUCUCAACCACAAACCACUCACUAGAGACGGAGAAGCGCCAUCUAGACGGACAAAAUUUGCGCCAACAGUUACCGAAACCUUUCAAGUAACCCCGCCUUCUUCAAUGGGCUCCCGCGUCAAAGAGAAUUACCGAUUUGCCCUCAUACGUAAAGCAGCACGAGCUAUGGCCGCGGCGACAAAAGUGAGUAUCCGUGGCGAUAUCCAGGGCGUGCUAGGUAUGCAGUUCAUGAUUGAAUUGGGGGAUAAUGGCAAUGCGUCUGGUGGCAAUCUUCCCAAUGAAGGAGUUUCUAGGAAUGUUAGCUUCGUUGAUUUUCGGUUUGUGCCGUUAAUCGAUGAGGACGAUGGAGAGGAAGAAGAUGAGAUGAUAUCAUUUUGA